AUUUUGCAGAUUCAUAGAAUCAUCUUACAAUACUGGGGAGUGAUUCCCUUUAUUAUCCUAGCAUUUUAUUUCCGAUGGCAAAUUCUGGACCUUUUACACAACAAGGACACAUGGGCCGUGGCCGCGAUGGUACUCUGUUUUGCGAUGGUCUCUGGAUAUACGUGGAAUAAGAUGAGAAAACCUGCAUUUUCUUACAAGAGCGACAAAGGCCCGGUUUUUAUUAGUAGUGGACAGAAACAACAGUUUGUGGCCGAGAGUUACAUUGUGGCUGUUUUGAAUGGCGCUACAGUGCUAGGCAUGAUACUGACCAUAGAGGGGGCGGGAGGAGUGAGGACGGAAAGAGACGGAAGAGGUAAACUAAAGAGACGGAAGCUCCAAAUGCUGGCGGGCAUCGGGCUGAUGUUUGCGUCCUUCGCGGUUCUUGUGGCUGCAUUUAAAAUCAAGAGGCCGUGGUAUCCCUAUGGUUUCUAAAUGAAUGGCUGCGUCGAACGGUGUCGGUAA